AUGGCAAUCUGCAGGUGGAUUGGAUAUCCAAAUCUUUUCAUUACAUUCACAUGCAAUCCCAAGUGGGCAGAGAUUGAACGGUACCUUUCGAAACAUAAUUUGAGACCUGAAGAUUGGCCCGAUAUCAUAAGCCGCUUAUUCAAGCUAAAGUUGGACGCGUUGUUGACCGAUUUGAUAUAUACAAUUGAGUUCCAGAAGAGAGGUUUACCACAUGCUCAUAUCCUAUUGUUCCUAGAGAAGAAAAACUCUACAAAUGUGGUGGAUGACCUUGACAACAUAAUAUCGGCAGAGAUUCCAAAUCAAAAUCUAGAUCCGGAAUAUUACAAUGUUGUAGGAGAAUUUAUGAUUCACGGCCCCUGUGGAUCAGCUAGGAAAAACUCACCCUGCAUGGUUGCCGAGAAGUGUUCCAAGUAUUUCCCUAAGAAAUUUGUUAACAGCUCCAGUUUUGAUGAAGAUGGCUACCUAGUAUAUCGACGGCGGGAUGAUGGCCGUACGAUAAAUAGGAAUGGAAUUGAACUUGAUAAUAGGUAUGUGGUUCCCCACAAUCGGCACCUUCUCUUAAAGUACAAGGCUCAUAUUAAUGUUGAGUGGUGUAAUCAAUCCCGCUCAAUCAAAUGUUUGUUCAAAUACGUUAACAAGGGGCAUGAUAGGGUUACCGCUGAAUUCUACAAGACGAAUGUUGAUGAACAACAUGGUACCGUUGUGAAUGAAAUAAAUAUGUAUUACGACUAUAGAUACAUUUCACCAUGUGAGGCAUCAUGGCGUCUGUUUGGAUUUGAGAUACAACAUAAGAAUCCAGCGGUAGAGCGUUUGAGCUUCCAUUUGCCAGAACAGCAGACGGUUGUGUUUGAAGAUGAUGAUGAUGCAAUGGACGACGUUUUAAACCGCUCGUCUGUAGCGCACAACAUGUUUCUAGAAUGGUUUGAAACAAAUAAAAAGUACCAAGAGGCAAGAUCAUUGACUUAUGCUGAGAUGCCCACAAAAUUUGUUUGGAAGAAAGACGUAAGGCAAUGGCAUCCACGGAAAAAGGAUUUUGCAAUAGGGCGAAUCUUCUACGUACCACUGGGCACUGGAGAAAUCUAUUAUCUUCGGUCUUUAUUGAAUAUAGUGCGUGGUGCAACGUGUUUUGAAGAUCUAAAAAUAGUAGCCGGUCAAACGCAUGUUUCUUUUAGAGAAACGUGUUAUGCUAGAGGGUUGUUAGAUGACGACAAAGAGUAUGUUGACGCGGUAAACGAAGCAAGUAAAUGGGCAUCAGCUCAUGCUCUGAGAAAAUUGUUUGUUACACUCCUGACUUCCAACUCAAUUGCAAAACCAGAGACUGUAUGGGAAGCGGUGUGGCAUCAUUUAGCUGAUGACGCGCAAUUUAAUACUAGACAUCUAACGGAAGAUCCAGAUUUGAAUUUUUAUCAAUCUAAUACAAUAGCAUACAUUGUAUAA